AUGGUUGGUUGUGCAGCUCCGUUUUGUAAUAAUUCCUCCACUAAAGGUUAUACCAUGAAAGUAUUUCCCAGAAAUGCUGAACGUCGUGCCUUAUGGGCAAAACAUGUGGGACAAAUGAAUUCGACGCCAACGAACAAUUCAUAUCUCUGCGAGGUACAUUUUGCUCCAGAGAUGUGGGACGAAAAAGCUAAAAAACGAAAAUUGAAACCAGAUGCAGUUCCAACCAUAUUUGGAUUUUUUCUAAAAAAGAAAAAGCCAGUGGAAACUGAAAAUAAUACAACACAAGUAGUAACAGAUACAAUAAAUAAUAAUACAAAUUAUAAUGAAUCAGAUCAUUGUAUCGAUUCUAUUCAAUUGGAUCAACGUAUUAGUGAAAUUCAAGAGCAGGAAUGUCAGGUAAUUAAUGAUGCCACUGGAUCUAAUGAAAAAGAAGAACAACGAAAUAAGAAAUUAGAAGAGAUUAUUCGAAAACAACAACUAAACAUAAUUCGAAUGCGAAAAACAAUGAAAAGUUUGAGAUUUACUAUACAUACAUUGAAACAUAAAGACAAUAAUGAUAAAUAUUUCAAAAUUUAA